AGGUUUCCAGCUCUCGGUUGUCUCAGGAAGAAGAGAAGGCUCCGAUGGAUCCCGUGGUGGUGCUGGUGCUCUGUCUCUCCUGUUUGCUUCUCCUUUCACUCUGGAAACAGAGCCAUGGGGGAGGGAAGCUCCCUCCUGGACCCACUCCUUUGCCAAUUCUCGGAAAUAUCCUGCAGAUAGAUUUUAAAGACAUCAGCAAAUCCUUACAGAAUGCAGAGUGGACAGUGAGAGAGAGACAGAGAGAGAAAGGUCUUCCUUUUGCCGUUGGUUCACCCUCCAAUGGCCGCCGCUGCAGCCGGCGCACCGCGCUGAUCCUGGCAGGAGCCAGGAGCCAGCUGUCAAAAGUCUAUGGCAAUGUGUUCACUGUAUAUAUGGGCAUGAAGCCCACUGUGGUGAUGUAUGGAUAUGAAGCAGUGAAGGAAGCCUUGGUUGAUCUGGGAGAGGAGUUUUCUGGAAGAAACCUUUCACCAAUAAAUAAAAAAGUUAAUAAAGGAUUUGGAGUCAUUUUCAGCAAUGGAAAGAGAUGGAAGGAGAUCCGGCGCUUCUCGCUCAUGACCCUGAGGAAUUUCGGAAUGGGGAAGAGGAGCAUUGAGGACCGUGUUCAAGAGGAGGCCCGCUGCCUGGUGGAGGAGCUGAGAAAAACCAAUGGCUCACCCUGCGAUCCCACCUUUAUCCUGGGUGCUGCUCCCUGCAACGUGAUCUGCUCUGUGAUUUUCCAGAACCGUUUUGAUUAUAAAGAUGAGACUUUUCUUAACUUGAUGGGAAAAUUCAAUGAAAACUUCAGGAUUUUGAAUUCCCCGUGGCUACAGGUCUGCAAUAUUUUUCCAAUUCUUAUGGAUUAUCUCCCAGGGACUCACAAAACAGUAUUUGAAAAUUUUGAUUAUGUAAGAAAUUUUGUUUUGGAGAAAACAAAAGAACAUCAAGAAUCUCUGGACAUUAACAACCCUCGAGACUUUAUUGAUUGUUUCCUGAUCAAAAUGAAACAGGAAAAGCACAACCAACAGUCUGAAUUUACCAUUGAAAACCUGAUGGCCACAGUGACUGAUGUGUUUGCUGCUGGAACAGAGACCACAAGCACCACCCUGAGGUAUGGACUCCUGCUCCUGAUGAAGCACCCAGAGGUCACAGCUAAAGUGCAGGAGGAGAUCGAGCGUGUGAUUGGCAGACACCGAAGCCCCUGCAUGCAGGACAGGAGCCGCAUGCCCUACACGGAUGCCACGGUGCACGAGAUCCAGAGAUACAUUAACCUCGUCCCCAACAACGUGCCCCAUGCAACAACCUGUAACGUUAAAUUCAGAAACUACUUCAUCCCCAAGGGCACGGCCGUGCUAACAUCACUGACUUCUGUGCUACAUGAUAACCAAGAAUUCCUGAAGCCAGACAAGUUUGACCCUGGCCACUUCCUGGAUGCCAGCGGCAACUUUAAGAAAAGUGACUACUUCAUGCCUUUCUCAACAGGAGAAGGGAAAUUGAACUGCCUCAGAGGAGGCUUACAGAAAGGAAAGGAGAAAAUCAGGACACCUACAGAGGAAAUGCACCUCAGGAAGAGGACAUUCCUGUGGAUUGCUGAGGUCAGAACUGUCCAGAAAAUUUAGGGACAGGGAAACCUUGGGAAUGGGGAGGAUACUCUGAAAGAAUGCAGGGCACCUUCAUCUUGCUACACUCAAGGUCGUUCACCUGGGAUAUUUGAUCUCCACAGCGAAAUUGUCUGAGCUGAGUCUCUACACCUGCAGUUUCCAUUUUUUUCCUCUGUGUUUUUUCAGUGCUUUGGGUUUGGCAUUGUAAUGGCCUGUUAAGGUCUGAGCUCUUCUUUUAAUGAACUCACAUUUUAUCUGUGUAGAAAAAAAUAGAGAAAAAUACUCAAAGUGAUCCAUGUUUCAGUGUAUCAGGAAUAUGAUGAGGAAACCCAGAGGAAGAACUUGGCUUUACAAACAUUACAUUCAGGAAGAGACAUGAGACACAAGUUCCAAAGGAAGCAGCAGAAGGGAGUUUCUUAGAUCCCUGGGUAGCAUGGCAUACAGUUUGAAACUCCAUGGAGGACUGGAGAUUGAUUUAAAGCAGAUAUUCCAUUGCUUAGUAGAUGUGUAGAAUGGAAGGAGUGAUGUUGAGCAUCAGACCAUGAACAGAUUGAGAAGGUCCAUAUCAAGCCACUUGGACCUCAUUGUUGGGUACAAACAUGAGAGCCAUUUAUGGAUUUAAAUUGAGAGUAACCAGUUUAGAUAUACGGUUUUGAAAUUGUCCUGGGGAAAGAAAGUCCUUGGCUGAAUCCUGCUCGAGUUUCAAAGGGCUUAAAACAUGAGGGCGCUUUAAAUUAAUUGAACAUAGACUUGAAAUGUUCAUUUUGAUUGAAAUUUUUGUUUUCCAUGCACAAGAGUGGUCUUCAAUAAUUCCUUGCAAAUGGGCAAUAUGGAAAAUUUAUGAUAGACUUAACUUGGUUUUGAGUCCUAAUAAACUUACCUUUUCAUGCUAUUUUAUCACGAACUUUUUGAAGUACACUUGUAUUUGAUAGUCAGUCCCUCAACCCAACUACCUUUAACCCACUGCACAAGAAAUGUGUGUUUCUUUUCUAAAUUCAAAGUGUUUGUAAUUUGUCAAUAGUUAAUGAAAUGUUUGACACAGAGCUGAUAUUCAAUACACAUUUGUAGAGUGAGUGAUGCCUGAUAUAAUAAGAUUUUCGUGGAUAACAAGUGUUUAUCCUUUAUUCCACGUGUAUGCCCAGCCAUCCUCCCAGUCAUCCUGUCUUUCAUCCACCCAUGCAUCUACUCAGUCCCUGAGCAAGCAGGCACUGCAUACUUCUUGAGGAAGUUUCACAACUCAAUGUUUAGGUAAAGAAUCCUCUGUG